AGACAACUCAAUAUGUUAUUUCUGGUAUAGUAAGAGUGCUACAAAACUCACCUGAAUUAAAGAAGCUAAUCGUACGCACAAUUGAUUGUGACGCCAUGCGGAAGGAGAAUCUUGACAACUACUUAGAUGUCUAUGGCUUGAAUCCGUAUCAAUGCUCGGAAGCGAGGGUAUUUGGAAACAUGUAUCGUACGAGUGUAGAGUCGAAGCAUGUGGCUUUGUUCAUGGAACUUGUGCUUAAAAUCACCAAGACACUAGAGAAGAUGGUGGUAAGGUUGGGACCUUAUCGUAACACAAGAGUUUUUGAAGAGUUGCUUCAGAUGGUUCCAGUGCUUUCCCACGACAACAAAGUCUCCAUUGUGCUCAGCUCAACCAAAAGCCGAAUUAGUGAGAAUAAGUGGACUACAUUUUAGUAUAUUACAACCAAAAGC